UUAUUAAUUAUUAAAUAAAAAUAAAAGAGAAAAUAUAAUUAUUAAAUAAAUGAAAUAAUAAUAGAUUGAAUUAAAAGAAAAAAAGAAAAUCUAUCGUCGAAAGAAUUAGGAAACACUAACCCUAACCCUAUCCCCCGCGCCAUCUCUCUCUCUCUCCCUCUCUCUGUCUCCGAUCCUUAUCCACCGCUCCGUGUUUAGAGGUGUUGAAGAGCUUUUGUUUUUGGUCCGAGAAAUCCUGUAAUGGCUACUCGACUUCAGUUUGAGAAUUCUUGCGAAGUUGGGGUCUUCUCGAAGCUCACAAAUGCUUACUGCUUGGUCGCAAUUGGAGGAUCGGAAAGUUUUUAUAGCACCUUCGAGGCUGAGCUCGCUGAUGUUAUCCCUGUCGUUAAAACAUCGAUAGGCGGAACCAGAAUUAUCGGGAGACUCUGUGCUGGAAACAAGAAAGGGCUUCUUUUGCCGCAUACAACCACCGACCAAGAGCUUCACCAUCUGAGGAACUGUUUACCUGACGAAGUGGUCGUUCAACGAAUCGACGAGAAGCUAUCCGCUUUGGGCAACUGCAUAGCUUGUAACGACCAUGUUGCUCUCACACACCCUGAUUUGGACAGGGAAACUGAAGAGCUUAUCUCAGAUGUACUGGGAGUCGAAGUAUUCCGACAAACCAUUGCUGGGAACAUCCUUGUCGGCAGUUACUGUAUGAUUUCUAACCGAGGCGGCUUGGUCCAUCCACACACGUCCAUCGAGGAUCUCGACGAGCUCUCGACGCUCCUCCAAGUGCCCCUCGUUGCGGGGACUGUGAACAGGGGCAGCGAGGUCGUCGCCGCCGGCAUGGCCGUGAACGACUGGACGGCUUUCUGCGGGUCGGACACGACGGCUACCGAGCUCUCCGUCGUCGAGAGCGUCUUCAAGCUGCGAGAAGGGCAGCCGACCGCGAUAGUCGACGAGAUGCGCAAGUCUCUCAUCGACAGCUACGUCUAAAUGCGAUACUCUCGCGACUAUCCAGCGAUUUCUCUUUGUCAACCUUAUAAUAUCCGGCUAGCACUCGCCACCCGGCCUUACUCUGUUGAUAUCAGGUGAUAUCUAAAAAGCGCGGGAGCUUCGACUCGACGUGUCGUUAACUUGGCCGUGGUUAUUAUCUUCGGAAUAUAAUGCGUGCAGUUUUAUGUAUUUCCUGAGGUUCUGAUGAAUGGUAAUUUCUCGAAAUGAUGUUUGAAACUGGAGCUUUCUUUUUUUGCAUGCUUUUUGGGCCUUUUCCUUCUCAUAGUAAUGUUUGUUUAUUUACA